UUCCUCGGGAAUACACUACUUUUUUGCGUGAGCUUUCACGUGAGGGACCUUGAAUCUAAUGGUGCUGUUAAGGUUUACUGCGAAAGUUUGCUCAUUUAGUCUGCAGAAUAUGGAGGAUGAGUGAUGCAUAAACUGCUGCGCCAGCGCUGCUUUAUUUAACCGAAGAGUGUUGCUUUUACGCACGGUCUUCUAUGGUAGUAAUCACCCUCAGGUCAGCCUGGUCUUGUGGAAUCCUAAUUUGAUUAGUUUGAAAACUAACAUGGAGUCUUGGGGAAACAUGGCUUUUAUGCUAGCGUCCUAGAACACUACGUCUUUGCCAUGCAUAUUUGAUCUCCCAAGGGCCGAACAAUGUCACAAUUUUCUGAGUCCGAGUCAGAGGAGAGUACCCCACUGCUGAAAGGCGAUGUUGACAGUGAUGAAGCCGCGUACAAGAGCAGGUGGAGGUCCAUUCGGGUGAUGUACUUCACCAUGUUUCUCAGCAGUGUCGGUUUCACAAUAGUCAUCACGUCUAUAUGGCCAUUUCUGCAAAGGAUUGAUACCACGGCGGACGCCAGUUUCCUGGGCUGGGUGGUGGCGGCCUACAGUCUUGGCCAGAUGGUGGCCUCGCCCCUCUUCGGCCUCUGGUCCAAUCACAGGCCACGCAGGGAGCCGCUGGUCUGCUCCAUAUUCAUCAACGUCGCGGCCAACAUAUACUACUCCUACGUGUACCUGCCCACCUCCGAGAACAAGUACCACAUGCUCAUGUCCAGGGCCUUCGUGGGCUUUGGGGCAGGCAACGUGGCUGUGGUGAGGUCGUAUGUAGCAGGGGCCACCUCACUGCAGGAGAGGACCAGUGCCAUGGCCAACAUGAGUGCCUGCCAGGCUUUGGGCUUCAUUCUUGGGCCAGCUCUGCAAGCUGGAUUGUCCGUGAUCGGGGAGACUGGUUGGAUUUUGGACUUUGUCCGUCUGCAGCUGAACAUGUACACUGCUCCAGCACUGCUCGCUGCCUGCUUUGGCAUCGUCAACAUCCUACUGGUGGUCCUGGUGCUCAGAGAACAUCGUGUGGAUGACCAUGGGAAGCAGAUCCGAGCAAUUAACUACAUUGCAGAAGAGCGGCUGUCCGUGUCACUGGACGUGGAGGGAGACAUCGACCAGGUGGCCGUGGUGACCUCCAACGUCCUCUUCUUCAUCAUCCUCUUCAUCUUCGCUGUCUUCGAAACUAUCUCCACACCCUUGUCCAUGGACAUGUUUGCGUGGACUAGAACGCAAGGGGUGCUGUACAAUGGCAUCAUUCUGGCCUGCAUUGGCUUCGAGUCCAUUCUCGUCUUCCUUGCAGUGAAGGUCAUCUCGAAGAGGUUUGGGGAUCGGCCAGUGCUACUGGGAGGUCUGAUCAUCAUCUUCUGUGGCUUCUUCAUCCUCCUCCCGUGGGGCAACACGUAUCCCAAGAUCCAAUGGGCAGAUAUACGCAACAGCAGCCGUCCGUCGCAGGAGGUGAUAGUGGAGACCUUGGCGGUGUCCAACUCCAGCGUGGAGGCCACGGGCUGCCCGGCGGAACAGGCCUGGUGCCUGUACACCCCCGCCAUCAACCUGGCCCAGUACCUCACCUCCGACUUCCUCAUCGGGGUGGGCUACCCAGCCUGCAAUGUCAUGUCCUACACCCUCUACUCCAAGAUCCUGGGGCCCAAACCGCAGGGUGUGUACAUGGGCUGGCUGACGGCGUCGGGCAGUGGUGCGAGGACUUUGGGCCCCGUGUUCGUGUCUCAGGUGUACACGCUGCUGGGCCCCCGCUGGGCCUUCAGCCUCAUCUGUGGCAUCGUGCUGGCGGCCACCGUGCUGCUCGGCGCCAUGUACAAACGCCUCAUCGCCUUCUCCGUACGCCACGGCGUCAUACAGGAGUGACGGACAGCAGAUAAGGGGCCCUCGGGGGCCCCUAAAAGUUGCCCUAUGGGUGGCGGAAUGAGGGGUGCUUUGUUGAAUGGGAGUCUCGUUAACCUCUUUGUUCUGCACCAUUGGAGUCAAGGGGAGAGGCAGACGGUGGAUGCAGUCGUGGGAUUAUCUUAAAGGAUUGGAAAGAACUCUGCUGUGGACUUUUAAAUGUUUUAAUUAACACUUCUGUGCAGGUUGGCCUGACAAUUGGUGUGACUUUUCACAAAAAAUGUACUGCUGUGGUAGAGGACCCCUGAGUCCGAAGCCUGAAACAGUGACACCGUUUACUGACCGCAGCAAACCCACAGAACAAACACUAACCAAAUGAAUCUGCACAGUGGCACUGAUGCUGACGGCUGCUUACAUUGGCCACUAGAGGGCGCAACCUGAGAUCAAGCUGGGCUGACUCCAUCAUUGAUUGCUGACUGCUAGAAAUUAGAGCUUGCACUGUUCCUCGAGAGCGUAAUAUUUAUUCAUGAAUCAAACAAGCACACUGUAAUCGAAUCUGCCAUGUGAUGACACUUGGCUGUGUUUUAAAAGGGCCUCUGUGUUACUUUAGUAGUUUGUUUUCAAAAUGUAUGCUGCCCAUUCUUUUACAUGAUUAUUGGUUUGGUCUGAUCAGAGAUUGUGCAGCCAAAGAUGUCUCUAAUUUAAGUGCCAUUUCUCAAUGUGAAGUGUCCUGGCCGUACUAGGCUGAGUAAAGCCAUUUAUCAAGGAUUUCACGUCAUUGCGACUGUACUGUCUAGGACUGUUCCAAGUGAAUCAUGCUUCAAUCAUGUUACCAAGUGCCCCGUUCUUGAUUCAUAGAAUUUCCAAGGCUGUACUUGUUUGUCAUGACAAGCUUUUGACUACGGACAACUUGUGUACUGUUAUGAAUUGAUAUGAACAUCCAUGUAGUUUUGUUGUACUUACGCAACAGGAUUACAACCAAACAAUUGUAUUUACUGUUAAAAAUCAGUUGGAAAUAAGUGUGUAGCGGCCAAAAUGGAACUGCUAUAACGUUCACUUCCGAGCAUGUUCCAUUCAUAAUCGUUUGAGGAUUUCAGCCUUGUCUUGAGUGUGCACUACCAAGAGAAGCAUCCUUGACUUUGAGUUACGCCCUAUGACGGAUUCCCAUGGAGAGUUUCUACCUAUUCAUUUAUGAAGUGUCUAUUGUGGAGGUAGUACAUAGUAAUGAAAAAGAUCAGAUAUAUUACAGGGUAGCAUACAUUCUGUAAAUAAACUACUGAAAGUUACCCAAUGGGCCAUGAAGGAUAGAAAAAGGCGGUAAAAGCUGUUUACAGUUCUCAUGAAAGAUUCCUCAUCCUCAUGUCAUUUCCCAUUACAACAAACGACAAUAUAAUGUGAGAAGGACAACCCAGCAUUUGAGUGUUUGGAUUUCUUUUCAAACCUCUGAAAUAACUAACAUCCCACAAGUGAUAACUCUUAUAUUAUGUUACUGAAGUGUAUGUUUUUGUGCAAUGAUGUAAACGUUUGAAAAGUAAUGCUAAGCUGCCUAUGACCAAAUUGUGCACAUUCGCAAUAAUGAUUGUUACAAAUCGUCUACUGAAGAAAGAAAUUAAGUAUUUCCAGAUGUGUAGCUGCAAAAUAAUGUAACAUUUUAUUACAUUUCCAAAAGAAAUGCUGUUGCUACACACCUUGAACACUGGAUUCCAAUGCAUUAAUGUUUUAUGAUUCUGUAUAUUCAUUGUGUGUAUUAAACAGAGUUUAACAAGG